AUGCCAGGUGGAUCUCGCGACCUCGAGGUGGAGGUGGGCGCGCUUCUCCGGCGCCUCGUCGCGUUCGCCGACGAGAUGGCCGUGCCGCGGGACGUCAUGGGCGUCGAUGACGUCGUCGCGCGCCUCGUCACCACCGUGAGUCUCUUUGACGACGCGGCGUCGACGACCCAGUUGCAGCUGUACGCGCUGCUGCACGCAGCACGCGUAGCCAAUGCGAGCAGCCACUCCCACGAGGUCAACGAGAUGCGCCGGCUCGCCGCCUCCGUGCACAAUUCUCGCGGAAGGCACGCCCACGUGCAUCGCCAAGUCGCCGCGCUCCUCGACCCUGCACCAUCGCUCGAGUCGCCCACUCGGCUCGAAGGUGUCGACGAGGACGAGCUCGAGGAGCGCUGGGACGAGCAUGGCCGAUGCAGCUAUCUCCGACGAAAUGUGCUCGGCAACAAGUACGCGCCGCGCCACGACUGUGGCGCGUUCCGCCGGUUCCCUGGAAAUGACGCGGACAUUUACACGCUCGUGCGGCAGCGGCGCAAGGAGAAGCUGCUGGAAACCGAGAUGCGGCGCUUGGCGCGGCUCAACAAGAAGCCACCGCAAGGCAAUCAUGGGCUGUCCGUCGGCACGGCAAGUCACUACAUAUCGGUCGAUGACGCUAUGUAAUUGAUUCAACG